GAGUAAUUCGUGCGGCAAGCGCCGCCUGACUAGCGCUUGUUCGAACUCCGCCUGUUCAUUGUAGCGGGAAUGCCGAAAUCGGACUCACCAAUACUUCAGAACCGUGUGCUCAGAAAGAAAAAGAAACAUCAAAACCUCAAUGCUUCCCGGUCGUCAGAUGCUCAGGAAGAGACGCCUGUUUCUCGUAAACGCAAGUGGUCGGGGGUAGAAGAACCCCUUAUCACGAUCUCGCCUAUAGUAAAGCCUAGCCACAAGGGGAAGGAGAGAGAAACUACCAACUCCGAGGUUACAAAGCAAUCGAAAAAGCGGAAGCGAAGUAAAGGGAAAGCGCGAGGUGGCCACGUUGGGACCAGCACCGGCCCACCACCAGCGGUUUUGGCAUCCACAGACUCAUUUACCCUAUCCUCUGAGGGCGUGGAACAUGAUUCAAAGUUUGUGGACAAAGAUGCUGAGAUACAACGACUUCAAAAGGAAUUAGCACUGAAGAAUGAACUUCUUAACAAGCAUGAAAAUGUUUUGUCAUCUCUUCAAAAUGCCCUCCAAUGCCAAAUAUGCCUGGAGAUGCUCUGGAAGCCGUAUUUAGUUACACCCUGCGGACAUGUUCUUUGUGAAGGAUGCUUGAAGGGCUGGUUUACUACCAAUUGUGAUUCCGAGGAGCCGAUUGUCCCGCAUCUGCGAAAGAAAACGUGCCCCUACUGUCGAACCGAAGUCAAAACCCGCCCAGUAUCUGUGUAUCUCAUCAAGUCCGCGGUAUCAACCAUUAUUCCUUCGCUUGACCCAUCCUCCUACACUCACCCCGAAGAGGACGCUUCCCAGCGUGACCAGUUUGGUACACUGGAAGUCAAGGAUGUUUGGGAAGGAAUAUUUCCCCCUCUCGCUCCAUCUUCUGAGCGCGAACGGGCUGAGCAUCCCGACGUUAUGUAUGAUGACGAGGAUGGAGGUGUCCCUAGAUGUCGGGACUGCAUGCAUGAAAUUUUCGACGGCAUGUGUACAGGUUGUGGACGGUUAUAUCUGGGCGUUGAUCAACUUCCCAGUGAUGAUGAAGGCGAGGAACUGUUCUUCAAUUCAUUCUUUGACGUCGCAACGGAUAUCGAUGAAUACGAGCCGUCAUUCAUAGAUGACGGGGAUCAAGAAGACACCCAUCCUGUUAUGCGUAAUUACACGGAUGAUAGUGAGGCUGACGAAGAAUUUCACGAUGCACCAACCUUGGCCGUCCGCGAGGAAAGCGGUCACGAGCUGGACAACAAUCAGACGCACAGCAGGCGGCAUCGUUAUCGUGUGGAAGUUACUAGUGAGGACGAGGACGAUGAUGAUGAUCCACCAUACGUGCCUAACAGGCGUCGGCAACCUGCAUGUUCUGUAUCUUCUGACACCGAUGGUAGUGACGACAUCUCGGUGCAAAUCCCUGGUUCUUUAAGGGGCCGUCGUCGAACACGCGUGAAUGUGACGGUUGGCAGUGGCGAAGAUUCAGAAGACCAAAGAGAUCAUCUGUCCGAUUCCGAACAUUGUAACAGUUGGAGAUUUCGGGGCGCUAGCGUUUCGGGGCGGGGGUCAUACCAGCGCGACAGGCGAAACCUUGGAUCGUUAGCUAUUUGCGUCAAUCAUUCGCCUUUGUCACUGAUAGUUGCUUCAGGUCCCCUCGAGAUAGUGAAAGCAGUGAUACUCACGAACGGGAUAUAGAAAUGUAUGGGGAAGAUGAUUUCCUUCCUGGCCCCUCGCGAGCUCGAAGGCCUUACAGAGCAGGAGAUGAUGCAAUGUCUGAUUCGAAUGAUCCAGCGAUUCAGUACGAGUCGUCUGAUGAGGACACUGGAGCUCCAAUCUUCUAUUCCGAAUCAGAGGAUGGAGACGGACUCAUUGCCGACAAUGACCAAUACCAUCACCCUUACGAACCAAAUAGU